UCUGCCUUUUCUCUAGCUUUCUUCUCCUCUGCUAGAGCUUUCUCAAACUCAUCGAGGCCAUCCAUCCUGUUUUUUUUCGGUGGAGUUGUUGGAGAAAGGAAGCGAAGCGCGGAGCUUCGAUUCUGGAAAUUUACAAACAUCCCACUUCGUUUAUGCGAUUUCCAUUUUGCCCCGCCAAUUGUCGAACUAAAUCUUCAGCAACUCGGCCAUCGAGCUUUAUCAAUAUGGCGACUUCACAAGCUCCGUCUGGCAGUACGCCUACAGCUAUUGUCUGCGUAGGUAUGGCUGGCUCCGGCAAGACCACAUUCAUGCAACGGAUUAAUGCGCAUCUUCACGCUCUGAAAGAGCCUCCCUAUGUAAUAAAUCUCGAUCCUGCGGUGCGCAAUGUACCUUUUGACAGCAAUAUCGACAUCCGCGACUCUGUCAACUACAAAGAGGUCAUGAAGUCAUACAAUUUGGGUCCGAACGGAGGCAUUCUCACAUCUCUCAAUCUUUUCGCCACAAAAAUCGACCAGAUCCUUACUCUACUCGAGAAGAGAACGACCCCAGAUCCGGCAAAACCAGAUGCGAAGGCCAUCAAGAAUAUCCUAGUUGACACACCGGGUCAGAUUGAAGUAUUUGUCUGGAGCGCAUCUGGAAGCAUUUUACUAGAUUCAUUGGCAUCUACAUUCCCUACAGUGAUCGCAUAUAUCAUUGAUACACCACGAACAGCUUCGACGAGCACAUUUAUGAGCAAUAUGCUCUAUGCAUGCAGUAUUUUGUACAAGACGAAGUUGCCUAUGAUUCUCGUUUUUAAUAAGACAGAUGUUAAGGACGCUGAGUUCGCCAAAGAGUGGAUGACGGAUUUCGAGGCUUUUCAAGCUGCUCUCAAGGAGGAAGAAGAGGCUGGUAGCUUUGGAGGUGUCGAGGGAGGAGGUAUGGGUGGUGGCAGCGGAUACAUGGGCUCUUUGCUGAACAGCAUGAGUUUGAUGCUAGAGGAGUUUUACAGCCACUUGAGCGUGGUUGGUGUAAGUUCUAUGACUGGACAAGGCAUCCCCGAAUUCUUCGAGGCUGUGGCUGAGAAGGCAAAGGAAUUCGACCGCGAUUACAAGCCUGAACUGGAACGAAGAAAGAAGCAAAGAGAAGAAGAGAAGUUGGCGAAUAGAGACAAGGAGCUGGGCAAGCUAAUGAAAGAUAUGGCAGUAUCAGGCGAGCCAUCCUCCAAGAAAUCCAUGCCUGAUAUGGAUACCUUGAGUGACAUGGAGGACGAGCAGGACGACGAGGAAGAUGUCGACGAGGAGAAAGAGGGAGGCGAGGAUGGCCUGAGUUCUCGAUAUAAGCAGGCGUUGGCAGAGUCUGGGGAAUCAUCGAAAGAAGAGGAUUACAGCUUUGCAAGGUAUCUUCGAACUAGUCAGAUGAAUUUGUAGAGGGGCCAAGUGGGUAGAGAAAAAUAGGCGUUGGACGGUAGCAUUGCACGGCGCAUUUUGAUACCAAUUUGUAAAUGCCCAAAGAUGCGUAUCCAGGAUCAUAG